CCGGCGCGCCUGCUCUCGGGUCGCGCAUUCGCUCGCGAGAGUUGGGGUUGCCGGGGGCGCGGCGGGCGGCGCGGCGGGCGGCGUCGCGAAGGUUCCAGACGCUCCGCGUGCGACGGGCGGGCCGCGCUCCGCCUCCGGCUCGGCAAGUGCGCGCUGCUUCCUGCUCGUCUGCUGCCCGGCUGCCUGACCCGGUCCCGCCAUGACUUCAGCUUUGGAAGAGCUACAGAAAGAUCUAGAAGAGGUAAAGGUGUUACUCGAAAAGUCUACUAGGAAAAGAGUACGUGAUGCCCUCACCGCAGAAAAAGCCAAGAUUGAGACCGAAGUCAGGAACAAGAUGCAGCAGAAGCCGCAGGAGAGGGCAGAGCCUGGGGACAGUGACAAGCCUGCGCCCGUCACAGCGGGGUACACAGUGAAGAUCAGCAACUACGGAUGGGAUCAGUCAGAGAAGUUUGUGAAAAUCUACAUCACACUAACUGGAGUUCACCAGGUUCCCCUGGAGGACGUACAGGUGCAUUUCACAGAGAGGUCAUUUGAUCUCUUGGUGAAAAAUCUAAAUGGCAAGAGUUACUCCAUGAUUGUGAACAAUCUGUUGAAACCCAUCUCUGUGGAAGGCAGUUCAAAAAAAGUCAAGACGGAUACAGUUUUAAUCUUAUGUAGGAAAAAAGCAGAAAACACACGGUGGGACUAUCUGACGCAGGUGGAGAAAGAAUGCAAGGAGAAGGAGAAGCCCUCCUACGACGCAGAAGCGGAUCCUAGCGAAGGGCUCAUGAAUGUCCUGAAGAAAAUCUAUGAAGAUGGAGAUGAUGAUAUGAAGCGAACUAUUAACAAAGCCUGGGUGGAAUCGAGAGAGAAACAAGCCAAAGGAGACACAGAAUUCUGAGACUU